AUGACCGACGACCAGCAGCAUCUGGGGGCUCCUGAUCCCGAGCCCCAGCCGGAACAGCGCGUGCGGAAGAGGCGGCGCCGUACCAUGGCCUGUACGCAGUGUCGCAGUAGAAAGCACCGCUGCGAUCGCGAGUACCCCGUCUGCGGCCGUUGUCAGAAGAGCAAGUCGCCCUCCAGUUGCACCUACGAAGAUGGCUUCCUUUGGCAGCAACCCAAUACGGUUGCAUCGCCCGCGUUCUCCGACCGAGGUUCCACAGCCAUGGCUCAAUUGCCCCGAAUCGAUCGGACAAGCGCUGCCCACCCUACCCCGGACUCGGCGAUAAGCUCGCUGCCCUCUCGGCCUUUCCCGAGCUUGACGGGCAGGAAACCCGGCGAGGAGAAGCGAGAUCGUUUUCUGGAAACCGUCUUGGGCGCCCCUAAGGCCGCCGUGAACCAGGAGCCCUAUGUGAACACCGAGGUGCUGCAACGCCCGCGACCUUCCUCCGAGAAUCGUCGGGCGGCACCCUCGCGCCCUCUCGAAGAUAAUGACAGUCCUCCCUCUCCUUCGCGGCAGUUGGACCUCAUGCCUCGCAUCAUGAUGCGGGGGAAGGAGACCAAGACGCGCUUCAACGGCUCGGGGAUUUUCGCCAAUCUCAUCGCUCAGUUUCCCGACAUCAAGUCAUUUGCGGAAGAGAUUCGAGUGGCCAGUCCUCAGCUUUCGGCGCUGCGACCAGAUCUGUCCCGGGUGGCGAGGGGUCUGUGGAAGAGGAAGCCCCUCAACACGCCCAUUCCCAUGCCGGACACCACUUCUCUAACAAACAUGCUUCCUUCGCGGUGGGUUGUCGACGAGUUGGUUGUUCUCUACCUGACCUACAUCGAGUCCACCCACCGCAUCCUUCAUGUUCCCUCCUUUCUCAAGGAGCUGGAUGAGUUCUGGGCACAGAGGGAAAACCCGGACCUCAUCUCGCCGCACUUCGUCGUCCAGCUGCUGUUAGUUCUAGCGUGCGCUUGGGACCUGGCCGACUUCGACUCCCUGCAGGCGAAGAAUGAAUCUACGCUGGUCUGUUACACCGCCAUCGAAUGGGUGCUCCAUGCGGAAAAAUGGAUCGAGAACGCACAUAUCAAGCGGCCGGAGAUAACAACGCUACGUCUUUCCAUUCUCUUGGUUAUUGCGCAGAUUAUCCACGGCAUGAAUCGGAGUAAAGCUUGGCUCACCACGGGGACACUGGCUAAGCAGGCCAUGCUAGCGGGUUACCAUCGUGACCCUAGUCGGUAUACCAAAAUUUCUAUCUUCAAUAAAGAGAUGCGCCGGAGAGUCUGGACCACCAUUGUGGAGCUCGAUCUUCAGAUAUCCCUGGAGCGGGGGAUGCCGCCUUCCAUCCAAGAAACCGACUACGAUACGCUUCCGCCCUCAAAUAUCAACGAUAACGAGAUCAACGAAGACACGACUGAGCUUCCGCCGGGGAGGCCAUUGGACGAAAUGACAGACUCGUCUUUCCAGUCUGUACUGACGCAGUCGCUACCGCUGAGGCUGAAGGCGUGUGAGUUGAUGCAUUCCCCUCGGAUCAGCUGCCGCUACGAUGAGAUUCUCCGCAUGGACUGGGAGCUGAGCCGAUAUCUCUCGAACAUCCCAUCCUGGUCGAUAUCCGGCGUUGAGGAUGUCCAGACACAGCACAAAAUCACAUUAAUUAAAGCUCUACUGGAGACCAAGAUUGCCCAGAGCUUGUUGUCUAUCCACACCCCGUUUGCCAUCGAGGCACAGCGGGAACCUCUUUUUGCUGCCUCCGCUCGCAGUCGUCUUGAAGUAGCCACUAUGAUUCUGGUCACCCAGCGACAGUUAUACGAAACGUCGAGGCAGUUAUCCCUCUGUAACAUAGGUGAUUGGACCAUGCAAGCCUACUGCUCGAUUUGCCAACUUCUUCACGCCGGGAACGAAGAAAAGACCAAUUCUUCGUGCGGCACGUCUCUCGCUCGCCUGCUACCUGGAAUGCCGGAAUCUCUGAUUUCGUUGGUGGAGACAAUCUUGAUCUGUCUAGAGGCACGGCUUCUGCUCGUGGUCAAAGGUGCCAAGGAAUACUUCUUCAUGUCGACAAUUGUGGCGUUAGUAAAAGCGAACCUUUGGCCGGCGCAAGCGAACAUGUACAAACAGGAGGUUGUGGAAAGAGUGAUCUUCUUCGCGCAGACGCUCUUCACGCGCCAUGCCAAUUGCGCUCAUUUGGGUGAUUGGGGAAUGGGAAGCUUCAAGACCAACCAAGUGAGUCUUAUGAUCUCUUCCGUCCCACCUUGGCCCAACCAGUGCGCUAAUCUUGUCCUUGAAAGGUUCCCAGUUUAA